GGAGAGUUCAGUGUUGUGCGCUCUCUGUGCGUCACACGCUCGAAAACCUCCACUGGAAGCGCACGACUCCACCGACUAUUAUACAUGCAAAUACAGCCGAGACUCCAGCUCCUCUGCGAACACAACAGGCUCCGUUUUCUCCCCAAGCUUGAAUUCACUUCUACUUGUGGCUGCAUCUUAGGAGUGAAAUGGAUGUCAUCCCCAUGUGUAGCAUCUUCCAGGAGCUCCAGAUCGUGCAUGACACCGGAUACUUUUCAGCUUUACCGUCUCUGGAGGAGUACUGGCAGCAGACAUGCCUCGAGCUGGAGAGGUACCUCCAGAGCGAGCCCUAUGUCUCAGCCACGGACCUCAAGUUUGAGAACCAGGAGGACCUGUGGAGCAAGCUAAUGCUGGCCUGCGGGGACAAGUCUAACGACACGGACCCAAAGAUCCCCCACAUCAAGGAGGAGGAAGACAAUCAGGACAACCAGCACGUCGACACCGGCGGCUUCAACUCUGACGCCAGCAGCGAGGCCUCGGACAGCUCCGAGGAGCUCUCCCCUACCCUCGACUUCUCCUCCGGCUCUUUGACUGACAUUCUGGGCGACGGUGGCGAAGACCUGGGCUCUGCCAUCAUCAGCACGCCGCCGUCCUCACCCGAGCUGGGCAAGGAGGGCUCGGUAGCCCGGGUGUGGAGUGGGAUACAGACUGUGCUGCACUCGCCUGGGAAAAUAAGGACUGGGGGCAUGGAGAGGACCCUCGAGAGGUCGGGGCUCACCAGUGGGGAGACGUCGCCUGACGGGAGGAGGCGGGUGCACAGGUGUCAAUUCAACGGGUGCAGGAAGGUGUACACCAAGAGCUCGCACCUCAAAGCACACCAGCGCACGCACACAGGUGAGAAGCCCUACAGGUGUUCAUGGGAGGGCUGCGAGUGGCGCUUUGCACGAAGCGAUGAACUCACCAGACACUUCAGGAAGCACACUGGAGCAAAGCCAUUCAAAUGCAGUCACUGCGACAGGUGUUUCUCCCGUUCUGACCACCUGGCACUGCACAUGAAGAGGCACAUCUAAGAUGGCCUCCUUGUCGAGAGCUCUGGGGGAUGAUUCUGGUUGAUUGUCCCGACCUGUGUGGGGGAUCAGCGAGGCCGGUGUGUCCUGGGAGCGCUAACAGGAGCACCGCCAUGUUCCAGGCAGUGGAAAAACACGAAGCAACGCAGGCUAUUAUUUGCACCAUACUUAGUGCCUCCAACACCUCGCUGUGGAGAUUGCUCUUGAAAGGCUUUUUACAGAGGAGCGGGAGGGCGGGGAGAGACUCGAGAGAGAAAAAAAAAACAGAAAAAAAAUAAAUAAACGGGAAAAAUCUGGGCUGGAGAAGAUGGGAAGAGACUCUUCUGUAUGGUGUUCGAUGCUUUUUUUCCUGGAGGAUUAUGGGACUCCUGUGGGGGUGCCGUUCCUCCAAUGACAGUGUGUUUGCCUGUGCGCAUGAGGACUGUGAGUGCCUGCGACUGGGUGCCUGUGCUGGCUUUAUGGAGCAGAUGGAGCUUGUAUUUGUGGAAGCUCGAGUGAAUGAAUGACAUGGAGAGGGUGAUGUUAUGC